CAUUCUCUUUGAUAUUAAAAAAUACGUACGAUAGUGACACUUCGAGCCAUUAGCAAACCCAAAUUUGGCGCUGGUAGUGCAUAUUAACCCUUGUAGCACAGCGGUUGCUUGUAUCUGCAUUGAUUUCAAGUGUGUUAGUUUCCAGAAUUCAUCCAGGCCGAGACUUUCGUUUUCGCCACGAAGAACAAUGGGAGAAAACUAUUCCAAAUCUUGUGUGGAUACCAGGAAAUUUAGUGUACAAAUCAGAACCAUUUGCUCAAGUAGUUUAUUCUGUAAACAGGAAGAGAUACUGUGAUAAAUGUUUUGGGAUGCCAAGAGCUCGUAGAAACCGGGAUUCUGUAUCUUCACGUGAUUUGAUACCAUGUCAUGGAUGCAAGUACGUUUAUUACUGUAGCAAAACGUGUAAGGAGAAAGCGUGGGACUGCCAUAGGAAAGAAUGUUACAUUCUCAAGAAAUUUAUAGAUAACCCUCCAUCUUACUGUGAUUUAGUUCUCCUUGUUUUGCGAGUUAUUUUCAAACUGAAAGAUAAACGUUUGAAGGAUGUGACAGAACGUAUUGGUGACUCACACAUAGAUAUUGGGACCUUGAUUGCAUCUUCUACGUGGCAAGAUCAUGCGGACAUUCAUUCGUUCCUGUCUUUAAUGCGUUGUGCUCUGGAACCAUGUCUAGGCGUAAUUAACAUGCCAGAAAGUUUUUAUACGAUUAUUAUUACUGUUGAGAGAAAUCGUUUCGAUGUUCAACGUAUUGGUACAGCAUUCUAUAUUGGAGCUUCAACACUUAAACGAGUGUGUGUACCAACAACAGCUUAUUAUUUUGAGGGAUCUACUAUGUUCGUGAAAGUUAUUCAACCCAUAUAUGAGGAUAAUUCAAUGCUGUCUAUUUCAAGAUUUUCAUUUGUGGAUGGAUAUCAUGUGAUGACAAACACAAGAGCUUUGAUUUUGGAUAAUUGUACAUGUCCAGAAUGCUCAGAUUUGAAGAAUUCUCUUCUGUUUCGAAUUAUCGAUGAUUCUACGGCUGCUAGUGCUAUUGAAUCUUCUUUAAAUGCUUUAGAUAUACUACAUACAGCACUUGAAUCUGGAAGAAAAGAACUGAAUGAGUAUGAAAAGUGCUGUAUUCUAACAACAUUAAAGGAGCAAGAAAUUUCAUUAGGAGCAUGCCAUUUUUAUCGAAUACGGUUGUUGGCUGCUAAAGUAUACUUUGAAUCUGAUUUGAGGCAAAAGGCUUCUGAUUUAUUGACUCUAUGGCAAUGUACAGUCCAUGUGUUUGGACGAUACAGUGACCAGCUUAUAUUUAUAUUAGAGCAACGUUUUGAAGUAGCUGAAGCUUUGGGUUGGACUGAUGAAAAGAAAGACCUUGCUGUCUGGUAUCGAAACCUAUGUGACCUACUAUACUAUUAGCAAGAAGCCUUUCAAGACAAAGAUCCUUGACUGGGAGAACAAUUUCCUUUUAAUAGGAAAUCACCUGGUUUGACUGACUUUACAUUUUAAGGUUUUAUUGUUUUUAUUAAUUUCAUGUAUAAAAGUUUGUAGAAGUUAUUUUACUACAUUCUUACUGUCCUGUCAUUUACUGCACUGCAAAUUCAUUCAUGUUAGAUAUCUAAAAAAUAUUUUCAUAAUUCAUAGUCGUUUGUUUACAAAUUUUUGAAGUUAAUUGUUGAACAUCAUUUUUGGAUAUUUUGUGGUCAAACUGUGUGUAUGUGCUUGUAAUGUUUUUACUCAUUAUGUUAAUUAAUACAGAAUUUAAUUUGAUAUUGCUAAACGAGAAACAUAUUUAUAAUAGUAGAAAAAGUCAUGUGAAAGCAAAAAAAUACUGGAAUGCUUACACCAUACUAAUGGUAGAAAGCAAAUUUUGUGCAAUAGAAUUUUUCAUGAUGGAGGACGAAAAUAUAUUGUGUAAUCUGUAUUGAAUAUUAAGGAAUAUUUAAUCGUCAGAAAUAGUUUUUAAUGUGACUGUUAAUUUGACAAUGAAAUACUUUUUGAAAAUCUGUUUUACUUGUACCAUUUUUAUAUUUAUAUAUUUUUAUGAAUAAAACUCUGAUACCUUAU